AUGUCGUCGCUACGAAGUCUCAUCAUGGUACUCGCUUGGUUCGCGCUCCUUCUCAAUGUCCCAGUCACAGCAACUCUACUUCAAAGACAAGAUGCACCAAUCAACACAACUACCAUACCCCUCCGCAUCAUGUCUCUAGGCGCCUCCGUAACAUUCGGCGUCGGUUCAACAACAGGAAACAGCUACCGAAAAGAUCUCCUCGAUCUCCUCACCUCCAAGAAAGUCUCACCCACAAUCCAAUACGUAGGCGACAAGAAGAAUGGGAACUUCUCCAACAACGCCGUCGAAGCAACAAAUGGCUUCACCAUCUCCCAAAUCGCCGGACUAGCAAACACCGCUGUGCCUGAAUUCCUACCAAAUCUAGUCCUACUAGAUGCCGGCACGAAUAAUUGUAAUCAAGGAGGCACCGUCCCAGAUGCAGGCCAGCAAGUCACGAAUCUGAUCACCAAAAUCUACGCUCAGAGUCCAGGAUCGACGGUGAUUCUCACCUCUAUCCUUGUGAAUUCGAAAGCGGAUCAGGAUGCUUGUCGUGUGGAUGAGAAUAGACAGUACACGGAAUUAGUAGCAACCAUGCAAGCUGCGGGUGCGAAAUUGGUGUAUGUUGAUAUGCGGGGUCCGGGGGGGCCUUUGGUGGGGGAUCUGGCGGAUGGGAGACAUCCUAAUGAUAUUGGGUAUGUGAAGAUGGCUAAUGUUUGGUUUGGGGGUAUUCAGGAGGUUGUUGGGAAGGGGCUUUUGGUUGAGCCUGCGGUUGCGGCUGCGAAGGUUUCGAAGGCGUAG